CAUGUGGGAACGGCACGGCAGCCCAGCCACAACUAAACACCACCGCGCUUCCCAAAGUAUUGAUCCCAAAGUGUUGCUCUGCAUGAAUAGCUCUCUCUUCUUCACCGGGAAAGAACUUCUAAAGCGAACCCGAAAACUCGAAGCAGCGGAUGUAAGUAGAGUUCCUAAGUCUAGGGCAGCAUCAUUUGACACGAGACGAUCUAGCCGCGAUUGUGGGCGUCAUCUAUGAUCCGGGGAAGCCGCUCUAGCAGCGAAGCCUCCGGAGGUUGUCGCUCACCGGCGCCGAGGAUGGCGUUGCUCCCCUUUGCCUUCGAGGAGUCGGUGUUCGAGGAGGAGGGCGGCGGGACGUCCAGGGCUGGCGGCCCCCUCGCUUCCCCCUACAGCGCCCGGUGCUGCGAGCCCGAGUGGUUUUGUGAACAGGUAGACUGCCAGGACGAUCUUGAAAGGAUCAACAUAAAAAAGUUCAGAGGAGAUCUGGCCUAUAAGCAACAGGAAUUUCAGGCUCUUCAGGAAUAUUCCAGUUGUCUUGCCCUUGUACCUUCCAGUAAUAUUGCCAUGAGAAGAGAUUUAAAAGAGAGCCAGGCCCGCUGUUUAGCUCAUCUGGGGAAACAUGAGGAAGCCCUGAGGAUUGCAGAAAACCUGAGAAACGGGGCAACGAACACGGACCAUGUAACAGCUGUACUUAAUCUGCUGCAUGCCAUUUAUCGCCUUCUGGAGGAUAUUGAGAACGUGAUCGGGUGCUUGCAGAAAUUGAUCUUGUUGCACCCGUUUCAUCCACAAACGUGGAAUUUGCUGGCUGAAACUUACACGCGUUUGUUGCAAUUUCCAGGCCCCUUGUCUGCAACCAAAGCCCAUCUUUGGCAAAGCGAUGGCUUAAUUGCAGGCGGCUGCCUUCGGGUAUCAUCCAAAGAGGUCAGCUUUGGGUGUCAUCAGACACAGAGGCAAAGGAAGGAUGAUCCUUUGAUGUGUACCGUCCACCCCAACGGCAACUUUGGAUCUUGUGUGGAAUCGCAAAGCGUGCAGAGGCCUGUCUGUACCCUGGGAAAUCCAGGGCCAGGACCCACAACGAACAGAGCUUCCUUAGGGGAGCGAAGAUGGAAAGAUAUUCGUGUCUAUGCGUGUGCCUCCUUUGUUAGAGCCAGGCUUUUGUUUCAGCUUAUGCAGUUGACUCAGUCUUCUUUUGCUUUAGAGAAUAAUCUGAAAAUGCAACAGGAAAUUGAAGACAAAAUUAGAUUUUUUGAAUUGGAGGCAGAUAUCUUGUCCUUGAUGGCUGAGGUUAUGGGAGAAGAUCUUGUUCCAGAAAAGCUGAAAGGAGAAGCUCAGGAAGAGGUGAAAUGUUUCUCAGAUGAAGCCUUGCCAUCCAUCCUGACUGCAUCUACCGUGGAGUUUGAAAGAAAAUGGUUCCAGAAGCUCCAAGGCUGCUUUCCUCACAUGGACUAUCCGACGUAAUGCCACGUGGCUGCACUGAAGCGCUUCUUUGGUUUUUCGGUUCUGUUUAUCCCAUCAGUAUUUUAUCAGAAGGGACCCUGGAGGUCUUCUAGUCCAACCCCCUGCUCAAGCAGGAGACCCUGUGCCGUUUCAGACAAAGGGGUUAGCUUGCCAAGAGAACAUGCGAAGAGGAACAGAGCCUUUCACUGUAGCUCAUGCAGUUCACACUGGAGUGUUUUUACCAUUGAAAAGGAUGAGCCACUUCGUUUGAAAAUCACCUUAACAUCUGGCCCUACUUAUGCCGGUUUUGACCAACUUUCCUCCUCCCCAUCUUUUAAUUGAGGCUCAGUAAUUGGAUCUUGACUGUAUUUUCUUUAUGUCUUUUAGGUUUUGAAUAGUUUUUAUCUUUUUCAGAUUGCAAGUCGCCCAGAGUUACCCUGUGGUAAGAUGGGCGGCCAAUAAAUUUUACAAAUAAGUAAAUAAAUGUGUCAAAAUUUC